AUGAGGCUUAAGGAAAACAGCCGUCUCCAUAACUUAAAAGUGCAAAGUGAAGCAGCAUUUUCUGAUGUAGAAGCUGCAGCAAGUUAUCCAGAAAAUCUAGCUAAGUUGAUUCUUAUGGGAAAACAGAACAUACCUCUGGAUGGACAUGAAGCUGAUGAAAUCCCAGAAGGUCUCUUUACUCCUGAUAACUUUCAAGCACUGCUGGAGUGCCAGAUCAAUUCUGGUGAAGAGGUUCUGAGAAAGCGCUUUGAGACAACAGCAGUUAACACAUUGUUCUGUUCACAAACACAACAGAAACAGAUGAUAGAGAUCUGUGAGAACUGCAUUCAGGAAGAGACCCUCAGGGAAGUGAGAGAUCACUUCUUUUCCAUCAUCACUGACAAUGUGGUGGACAUAGCAGGGGAAGAGCACCUGCCUGUGUUGGUGAGAUUUGUUGAUGAAGCUCACAAUCUGAGAGAGGAAUUUGUGGGCUUUCUGCCUUAUGAAGCUGAUGCAGAAAUUUUGGCUGUGAAAUUUCACACUAUGAUAACUGAGAAGUGGGGAUUAAACAUGGAGUACUGUCGUGGCCAGGCUUACAUUGUGCCCAGUGGAUUUUCUUCCAAAAUGAAAGUUGUUGCUUCUAGACUUUUAGGGAAAUAUCCCCAAGCUACCUACACACUCUGCUCUUCCUGUGCCUUAAAUAUGUGGUUGGCGAAAUCAGUGCCUGUUAUGGGAGUAUCUGUCGCAUUAGGAACAGCUGAGGAAGUUUGUUCUUUUUUCCAUCGAUCACUAGAACUGCUUUUAGAGUUUGAUAAUAUAAUUUCUGUCUUCUUUCAGAACAAUGAAGAAACAGGCAUAGAACUGAAGGAAAUUUGCCAUUCUCAGUGGACAGGCAGGCAUGAUGCUUUUGAAAUCUUAGUGGACCUCCUACAAGCACUUGUUUUGUGUUUAGAUGGUAUAAAUAAUGACACAAAUGUUAAAUGGAAUAACUGUAUAGCUGGCCUAGCAUUUGUACUCUGUAGUGUGGUAACAGAUUGUGAUUUCAUCGUUACCAUUGUUGUUCUUAAAAAUGUUCUAUGUUUUACAAGAGCCUUUGGGAAAAAUCUUCAGGGGCAAACCUCUGAUGUCUUCUCUGAGGCCAGCAGUUUGACUGCAGUACUGCAUUCACUAAAUGAAGUGAUGGAAAAUAUCGAAGUUUAUCAUGAACUUUCGUUUGAGGAAGCCACAAAUUUGGCAACCAAACUUGGUAUUCAGAUGAAACUCCCAGGGAAAUUUCACAGAGCUCAGCAUAGUAACCUGGAAUCUCAGCUAACCUCUGAGAGUUACUAUAAAGAAACUCUAAGUGUUCCAACAGUGGAACACAUUAUUCAGGAACUGAAAGAUAUAUUCUUAGAACAGCACCUCAAAGCUCUUAAAUGCUUAUCUCUGGUACCCUCUGUCAUGGGACAGCUCAAAUUUAAUACAUCAGAGGAGCGUCAUGCUGACAUGUACAGAAGUGAUUUACCUAAUCCUGACACGCUGUCUGCUGAGCUGCAGUGUUGGAGAAUCAAGUGGAAACACAGAGGGAAAGAUAUAAAACUUCCCACUAUUUAUGAAGCCCUUCAUCGGCUAGACAUCAAGUUUUUUCCUAAUGUUUAUGCAUUGCUGAAGGUCCUAUGUAUUCUUCCUGUGAUGAAGGUUGAGAAUGAAUGCUAAGAAAAUGGGCAAAAGCAUCUCAAAGCAUACCUGAGAAACACUUUGACAGACCAAAAUUCAAGUAACUUGGCUUUGCUUAACAUAAAUUUUGAUAUAAAACAUGAUUUGGAUUUAAUGGUGGAUACAUAUAUCAAACUCUAUACAAGGCUUCCUACAGAUAAUUCAGAGACCAUUUAA